UAUAUCGAAAAGCCUUCUAAUCAAAGUAACCCUGUUUGUCACAGCUGCGAUUUUAGCUGAAAAAUUCUUAGGACUUAAACGAUGGCCUCCAUUAACAAAUUGGCAAUUUUGAGCCGUGCACUCAGCUCCGCCGCUGUUUCCACCAAGGCGGUGAAGCCUCCAGUGCAGUUGUUCGGUCUGGAGGGCCGCUAUGCCACUGCCUUGUACUCGGCUGCCACCAAAUUGAACCAGUUGGACCAGGUGGAGAAGGAUCUGAUUGCUCUGCAGGAGACCAUCAAGGGCGAUAAGAAGCUACGCGAACGUGUGACCAGCCCGAUCAUCAACAGGAAGGUCAUGGGCAUUGCCCUGAAGGAGGCAUCCACCAAGCUUAGCUUUGCCGUGGCCACUGGCAACCUUUUGGGUCUGCUGGCCGACAAUGGCCGCUUGAAGAAGCUUGAUAACGUCAUCUCCGCCUUCAGGACGAUCAUGGCUGCCCACCGUGGUGAGGUUGUCUGCGAAGUGAUCAGCGCCAAGCCCCUGGACUCGUCCCAGAACAAGCAGUUGGAGGGUGCACUCAAGGCUUUCUUGAAGCCCAACCAGUCGCUGAAGAUCACCUCUCGUGUGGAUCCCAGCAUUAUUGGUGGUUUGGUUGUGUCCAUCGCCGACAAGUACGUCGACAUGAGCAUUGCCACCAAGGUGAAGCUCUACACAGAUGUCAUUCAGACUGCUGCCUAGGCCUGUAAGGAUUAGCUCUUGAUUAAAUGCCACAAGCCGAAUGUUUGGAAUGUUUCAUGCGGUAUUUGCGAAUAAACCACUCUUCACCCCCAAA